AUGGGAAGGCCAGAAACCACCAUAAACCUACUUCGAGGAUGGCCAGCAGCGGAGUUAUUGCCGUCUAAAGACCUCCAGAAGGCGGCAGAGGAGCUCCUCUCAGACCCAGCAGAGUCUGCAGUUGCGCUGCAAUAUGGCCCCGAUGCUGGUCCAACGUUGUUGAGAGAUGCCCUUGCCCUGUGGCUUGCAAAAGCCUAUAAUGUAACACCUAACCGAAACCGAAUAUGCAUAACUGGAGGAGCAAGCCAAAAUUUGGCUUGUAUUCUCCAGCGAUUUGCUGAUCCGAAUUUUACACGGCUCAGGGCUGUCCCUGAAGAUGUGGAAGGGGUGGAUGUUGCCUAUCUUGCUCGUGGGCUCGAGCUGGCGAAUUCCGAAACCCGGUUUACAACGUCUGUAGGUCUCACGUCGCUCAGUCCUAAUGCGCCCUUCACCUACGGCUACCAUCUGAUCUAA